AUGGAGGGCGCCAGCAACACUUCCAGUGAGGCUAAGCUGCACCCUCCCUCUGUAUCGACAGUGUGCGCCUUAGUGCCGUUUUCCUUCCGGAGUCCGUUCCACGACGCGCUGCGAGACGCCACUCGAUGGUUCCCGAUCGCCGGCAAGCGCAUCCGCGUUGACCAAGCGUGGCAGAGCGACGGGCGCGGCGGAACAGCGUUGGGCUUCGGUGCUUCAGUAUACGACGCAGCCAUCGCGCUGUCGCUGUAUUUGGCGGCUCAUCGAGAUCUGGUGAUUGGGAACCGCGUCAUCGAGUUAGGCUGCGGUCCUGGACUUGUGGGCGUCGUGGCUGCUCACUUGGAGCCCAAGAGCGUCGUCAUAACCGACGGAGAUCCAGCGUCGGUGGCUCUCACUAAGCGCAACAUUGAGGUGAACGAGCUUCCAGGAGACGUCUGCUCUGCUGAAGAGUACUUGUGGGGGGAUCUGGAGCACCCCCUGGUUCCGACGAGGGACGGUCCGGAGCACUACGACGUGAUUCUAGGAGCUGACAUCGUGGCGUGUCCGUACGCUUCGGCAUUUGAAUCGUUGAUGACGUCGCUCAAGGCGCUGGCUGGCCCUGACACGCUUGUACUGCUCGCCUACAAGAAGCGCCAAAACUCCGAAGAGAAGUUUUUCGAUACGUUUAAAACGGUGUUCGAUAUCGUCCCGAUCGAUAGAUCGGAGUUGCAUCCUGACUUUCAGGACGGAGAAGAUAUCGUUAUCUUCCAAGCGCGACUGAAGAAGAAAUAG